AUGAAAGUUACCAUGUCAAAUGCAGCCCGCAUUUCCUGCGCGCUGGUUUUUGUCACGCUGGCCAUUUGCUUAGAAUCAAUCGUAGCAGACCCCAAGUCGACUUCUGGUGUCGCUUUGACUACGAUGCAUUCGCCUCAUUCUCCGGCCGCGAUCAAUCGGCACUUGAGGCAUACCGCGGCCAUGGAGACAACUGAAGCUUUCGAAGAGAGGGCACCUACCUUGCAUUUUUCAGAAUUGGCUCCCAGCUUUUCCAGCCUGAAGUCAAUUACUGCGGCGAUUUACCAGAAAAUUCAAAGUUGGGUGUGGCGGAUGACGCGGAAAUCCUCGGACGAUGUGUUUAAGCUUUUAAAGCUCGACACAGAAGAAACAAACCUGUUUGGAGACCUACGCUUUAUGAGGUGGGCCACUUUUGUCAGUUCAAGAUACUCGGAAGAUCCCACAGCGGCGACUGAAGCAAUGUUGAAGACCUUGGUAAAUCAUUACGGUGAAGGUGCUGCAUUGGCUAAAAUUCUAGUUGCUGGGAAGAAGACCGACAGUGUGAAAUCCGUCGCUGGAAAUUUGUUAUGGUUGCAGCUCUCAAGGUGGAGGGAAGGUAAGGAAACGGUGGGCGAGCUUUUUACGCUUUUGGAGUUGGAAAAGAUUGGAAAAAAACUGUUUGAAAGCCCACUAUUUUCGUUGUGGGUCACCAUCGUCGAGCUUAGAUACUCGGAAAAUCCCAAAGCGGCAAUUGAAGUAAUCUUGUCGACUCUGGCAGCCCAUUACGGGGAAGAUGCUGCAUUGGCUGAUGCUCUUAUUGUUGGAAUUAAUAAUCCCAAUAUGACUAAAUUUGCCGUUAACCUGUUAAGGAUACAGCUCCAGAGGUGGUGUGACACUGAAAAAACUGUGGAGUCGGUUUUCACAGAUUUGAACCUGGAAUCUAUUGGAGAAGGUCUGUUUGAAAGCCCACAAAUGAUCAUGUGGCUUGGAUUUGUUGGGUCGCGCUACCGAGUGGUUGAUAAUGAGGCUAAUAAGUCGGCUAAGAAGGCUAUUCAUAUGGCGCCUUUUGAGGCGGCUUUAACUACGUUACGUCUCCAUUACGAUGACGAUAUGUUACGGAAAAUUCUAGCUAAGGGUUCGAAGAUUAACGACAAGGAAAUUAAGAAGAUUGCUGACAAACUGGACGCGAUGCUUACACGGAAGCUGACCACUGGGAGAUCUUAG